AACUUCCGCCAAGUCAGACUUUGCGACGAGUCGUCAGAAGAAGUCGCCGCCAGGAGAGCAGACCGAUGGCUCCCUUCCUCCAGCGGCAACUAUUGUAUUAGAAAGUCUUUUUAUUUCACCACAUAUUGGUGCUAUGUCUUCAGGAAUGACUGGACAUACACCGUGCCUAACCAGCCGAUGGGAUAAGACAGCCCAGCCUAAACAAAGUGUGGAUGUGCGGCAGCAGAGGAGCAGUGAGAAUGCGGGCCGCUCAGUACCAGGACUUGCCAGCCCCGCUGGUUCAAACAGCCCAGUUUCCCAGCCGCCACAAACAGGAGAGAAGCCAGCGCCUCUGGGUGGAGUUGAAAUGGCAGCGGCCAUGGCUGCUAAAAUAAAUGCCAUGUUAAUGGCAAAGGGGAAGCUGUUGACUCCUCCACCGUUACUUGCAAAGACUGCCCCAAAUGUGCCUGUGCCAUCAGCCACAGAAGAAAUGGCCGUCACAGAAGUCGACAUUAACAAUGUGCCGCUGAAUUGCCGGGACCUUCUUACUAAAGGCAAAACACAGGAGGAGAUCCGACAGUUUAGCGGCGCGGUCUGCUCAACAAAAGGUUAUUACAUGCCUGAUCCUACAAAAGGAAAAGCAGGACAAAGACCUUUGUAUUUACAUGUCCAGGGCAAGAAUCAGGAGCAGGUCAACAAGGCCGUGCUGAGGAUAAAGGAAAUCAUCACGGAGGACCUGCUGAGGGCCUCUGCAGCAUCAGGACAACAGGCGCCUGUCAUGCCUCCGCUCACACUCUACCCUCAGCCUCCUCGCCUCGUCAACACCCCAGCCGUGCCACGGACGCCCAACACCAACUCCGUGCCAGGACAUCGACCAUCCGCUCCUCAUUCUGGGAGUUUUGUGCACACAAAGAUAUUUGUGGGCCUGGACCAGACUUUCCCCUUUUUCAACGUGAACGAAAAGAUCGAGGGUCCGGGAGGUUCCUACCUGAGUCACAUCCAGACGGAGACGGGGGCCCGAGUCUUCCUCAGGGGAAAAGGCUCUGGCUACAUUGAACAAGCUUCCAAACGGGAGUCUUUUGAGCCUCUUUACGUCUAUAUCAGCCACCCAAAUUCUGCUGGAUUGGAUUCAGCGAAGAAACUCACUGAGAGUCUGCUGGAAACUGUGAGAGAUGAAAGCGCCCGCAUGGUGUCGACGUACACGGCCACCGGCUCAACACAACCAUACGCAGCACAUGGAUUUCCACCUAAUAGCAAUUACUCUAGCCAGGGGUCCUGGUAUAACUACCCGGCAAAUGGGUAUGCUGGAGGCUAUUCAGCGUACUCAGGAGCCAGUGGUUAUUGGAGUAAUGCAAAUGGUCCCCCAAGUCAUUCUAACAUGUCGACAAACCCUCCAUCUUCUCAGGCAAUGGUUCAGUAUCCGGUGUGUCCUAGGAAAGCGCAUCCGUAUCUCGUCCAGGAUCCUGGCCUCAGUGAGACUGUGGACCCUGAAGGAUCGUUAAACACCCCUCUUGACUCGGGAAGUCCCAGGCGUCAUUUCCAGGAGGGGGCCAAGCAAGACUCGCCUCCCAGCAGAUCUCCAGAGCGUCCCGCUCAUCAGGAGUCUGCUCUCCCUGCCUCCAGUGUUGUCGAGGAGAAAGUAAUCCAAAGGAUUCUUAUGCCGCCACCGGCGCCUUUCUUCGUGGCUCCGGGCCCCGUCGCACGCAAAAGGCCGAGAGACCCGGUGACAGAAGGGCCGCCUGGCAAUGCCGUGUCAAUGGGUGUUCAGGACAAGGUGAGUGAGAAGAAGUCUAAAGUGGAAGAGGAUGCUUCCGGGCUUGUGCCAUACGGGGGGGAUUCCUCCGAUGAAGAGGAGGAGAGGACACGCAGCAGUAAGGCUGAUCAUUCAUAACCCCAACGUCUGCUCUGAAUACAGCACGCCGCGCUCAAACACAGCCUAAAAGGACAAAUCCACCCUCACGUUUUCCUACUGCUUAAGCCCCUUUAUUUCAAAGAACAAAUGUGUUAUUGCGGACUAUUCUCGGAGCAAAGUUUGACGUGUAUAUCCAAGUAGAUGUUUUGCAUUCAUCAACAAAUGGCAUUUUUAGACACCCUUUCACAAAUUUCUGGUGUCACUUGAUCACCGAGCAUCACACAGUCAGGCUGACAAUCAAUACAGCGUCGAUCUUAACACAUAAAAACAUGGGUAGUCUUUGCUCGCCAUUGAUUUCCUGGAAACUUAAGAGGAUUUAUUUUUGUAUGCUAGUGUAGCUUUAGCCAUGUCCACUUCUGUUUUUUACUUUAACCCCUUACCUGAUGGGAAAUUUAAACCAAUGGCCGUUUAUAAAGCAUCUGUAGCAUAUGACAAAACCAAUUAGGAAAGUCUGGAACAAAUCUUUUCCUCCCCUGUGUUCGUGCAAGCUUCUGACUUUAGAUCACGCACUUACUAAUGUCUUAAAUGUGUCAAACUAAUCCCAUAUAAGUAUUCAGGGUGGGUUCUUCCUUUUAAGAGUUAACUACAGUUGUAUAAUAUCUCUAUAAAUACAUAUUGUGAAAUGUUUUUCUUAUCUUGGAAAAUGGUGUAGGCCUGUUCCCAUGGAAUACAAUAAUAAAAACACCUGAAACGCC